AUGGCGCAUGCUGGUGACCGGACGGCCUUGCUGUCAUAUCAGGACGAUGAGGAGUCGGUUGGAACCACCCCUGCUCAAGUUGAAGCGCCAGUCGAGCGCAAUCAUCCAACUAAAAGGCAAUUCUUCUCAAACGUCUCGCGACAAGUACUCAACAGACGAGGGCUUGUUUGCAACACCAUUGAGCUUGGCUACCAAUGCAACCAGGAGUACGCGCAUCUCUGGGGCCAAUACUCCCCCUAUUCUUCCUUGAAAUCCAAGUCUACUAUUUCUCCGGAUGUGCCUCCUGGCUGCACCAUCACCUUUGCCCAAGUGCUGUCGCGACACGGAGCAAGGCACCCAACUGCGGCAAAGACCAAGAUCUAUGCAGAGCUCAUUGACCGUAUUCAGAAAACUUCCAAGUCCUACAAGGGUGAUUUCAAGUUUCUUGAAACGUUUCGAUACCCAUUGAAAAGCGACGAAAUGACGGAAUUCGGGGAUACUCAAUUGUUCAACUCCGGGGUUAAAUUUUACCGGCGAUAUCAAAACCUGGCCAAGGGGAUCAAGCCUUUUAUUCGAGCUUCCGGAUCACCCAGGGUCGUCAAGUCAGCGGAGAAAUUUAUCGAAGGAUUUCAUCGAUCCACUGUCCUCGAUCCUGAGGGAGCUGGAAAGGGGACUCCCCCUGUGGUCGGGGUGGUUAUCCCCGAGGGGCCAUCCAGCAACAAUACCCUCGAUCAUUCUAUAUGCGAGACUUUUGAAAAGGAUAAAUCCGGUAAAAACAUGCAAACGAUAUUCCUCAAGAAAUUUGCUCCCGGGACCCUCCAGCGCGUGAAAUCUCAACUUCCAAUGGCAAAUAUCACCAUCGACGACAUCCCUUACCUCAUGGAUCUAUGCUCAUUCCAUACCGUUGCAUUAACUCCGGACGCGAGCACAAUAUCCCCAUUUUGCCGCCUGUUUUCCUCUGGCGAAUGGAUUGAUUACGACUACUACCAGUCGCUGGGCAAGUACUACCACUACGGGCCGGGAAAUACUCUAGGACGCGAGCAAGGAAUCGGUUUUACCAAUGAACUGAUCGCCCGUCUCACGAAUACACCCGUUGUGGAUAAUACAAACACAAAUCGGACCCUUAAUGAUAACCCAGCCACGUUCCCCCUGAACGCCACACUAUACGCAGACUUCAGCCACGAUAACACCAUGACUUCGAUCUACGCCGCCAUGGGUCUGUUUAACCGGACGAAUCCUCUCCCAGUUGAUCGUGUGCAGACUCCAGUGCAGUCAGACGGGUACUCUGCCGCCUGGACCGUGCCAUUUGCCGCCAGGGCGUACAUUGAGAAAAUGAAAUGUGAAUGGUCGCCGAGGAAGGAUGACGAGUUCGUCCGGGUCCUGCUAAAUGACCGUGUUUUCCCGUUAUAUGGGUGUAGUGUCGAUGCGCUGGGACGGUGCGAGUUGAAGGAUUGGAUCAAGGGGUUGAGCUAUGCUGUGAAUGGUGGGAAGUGGGAGAGCUGCUUUGCUCGGAAUCCAGCUGUUUGA